AUGCAACUCAAUGAACUCUAUUAUUUUAUCUUUCUAGGCACAGUUCUCCUGGACCUGGAGAAGUCCGACUUACCACACAUAGCGAGAGCAGUUGUCGACAACAUGGUUCUCACAGAUCAACUUAAAGAAGAGGACAGCAACAAGGUAGUGACCGCUCUGCUUCUUCAACACAGGCAUCAACACCAGCAGCCUGGCAUGUCUAGGCGUUUGUCUUCCAAGAAGAAGAGAAAGAUUGGUCUUGGUACAGAUAAUAUCGGAUAUAAUCACAGUACAGAAGUAUUCAAGAACGGAAUUCAGAAUGGAAGCUUGAGUCAAAAUGGAAUACCUGCAAAGGUUUCUCUACUUUAUUUGCAUUUAACAAUUACAUCAAAAGAAAAGAGGCAAUAGUUAACAAUACUAAAACUUUAAAUGGAUAAUUCUUUGAAAAAGCAAACCAAAUCUAAUAUUUCAGGUGCUUGUCUUCGUAUUCAAGAUGUUAGUGAACUUAUGCAAGAGGAAGGCGACUGGGGUCCGUUUCUCGAAAGGUCCCGGAAACUUUUCGGACCCGAAGGCAAAUUUUAAAAUCCAAACGUGUCGAAUAGCAGCACAGUUCCUAGCCCAUAAACUAGUCAAUUUUGCUUCGUUAACUGAUAUUUUAUUUUGUUAUUUUCAAAAGUAUUGAAACUUUGAUCUUGAAUGUAAACGCGGCAAACAUAAAGCAGCUUUCCGGGCCUGAAAAGUUACCGGGUGGGGCCUGUUUCUCGAAAGUCCCGGUACCUUUUCGGGCCCGAAAAGCUGUUUUAUGUUUAAAUUUACCUCCAGGCUCGAAACGUUACCUGGCCUUUCGAGAAACGGGCUCCAAAGAAAGACAGCAAAGCCUGUGUGAUCAACCGUGACAGUCAUUAUUUUUGAAAAAAUUCCGCGAAAUUUCCCCGUCCUUGAAACAGAUCUUUUGUAAAAGACCAGAACACAGUAAGGUAAAGCCCUGACACUUUUGUCACGCACAAGAUUUUUGCCAUCCUCUUCUCACUUAGCCUCCCACCCAGGGGAGCUCGUUUUUCGUCCUUCCCCACAGGAGGGAUGAAAAACGGGUUCCCCUAAAGAAGCCUUCGCGGGAGGCUACUUCUCACUUGACGGCUGUGCCACUAGUGCGCCCACAGUAAAUAAUAAAACUAGUCUAUUCUCUCGGUAAUGUAUUGCACCGUGGCGCGUGUAUCGUGAUCUGUAUUGUAUAGUGGAAAAACGUAGCGAUGCAGCCCUAUUUGGAGGCAUAUAAAUAACUUUAAUUUAAAUGACAAUUUCUUCUUUUGUUUUCAAAGGAUCCACAUGCGUUAGAAAUUGCCCUUGACGAACAAGAAUCUGACGUUAAAAGCAGAAUCCCCGAGGGAGCAGAGGCGACGACUGUUCUUGUUGGUACAUUGGACGAGCUUGAUCACUCAGUAUUGGCUUUUGUUCGUCUCUCCAAGGGCUGUAACCUGGGCCAGGUCACGGAAGUGUCCAUCCCUGUUCGUUUCUUGUUUGUUAUGCUGGGCCCAAGCGAAUAUAAAGAAUCAUACUAUCAGAUUGGUCGCUCUAUUGCUACAUUAAUGUCAGACCAGGUAGGUUGAUUGAUGAAUAGUGAACGCCUCAUCCUCUAUUAAGACAGACACUGGGGAAUAGUUCUUAAUAAGUAAAUCAGUCAGUCAAUCAAUAAAGAUGUCAUUCAAUCAAUCAAUCAAUCAAUCAAUCAAUCAUUCAACCAAGUAUUUAGUGGUAGCAUAUCAAAAAAGUGCUGCUUUGUCUAUCUCUUCGAUCGGGAUGUGUUUCCUUGUUAGUUUAUAAAGGGUUUUAAGACAGAGAUAAUCCAACAAAUAAAUGAAAUUCGACGAUAAGCACCCGUGUGGACAAAAUCCAGACUAACCUUGACCCAAUUAACGAAGCAACAACAAAACUUGAAAGAUGAGAUAGAUCUUAAAAAUAACCUUCAAAAUACUUCACAACACAAUUCAUGAUUUGUCUUACUUUCCAUUGCGUUCCAGACUUUUCAUGAUGUUGCAUAUGCCGCUGAUUCUCGCGAGCAGCUGUUAGGAGCCAUUGAUGACUUUCUUGAGGACGUUGUGGUGUUGCCACCUGGUAACUGGGAUCGUAACGUCUUGUUACCCAUCCUUAUCGCGCAAAGCAGAGCCAUUGCGGUCAGGAGAAAGAUGGCUAAAGCAGGUAGGGAAACGGCCGUAUGCGGUAGAGUAAACCCAUUCAUACGAGCUGUCUUUUUAUGCCCUUUGCAGUUGACUGUGAAAAGUAUUUUUGUGAUUUUCCAUUCUGCUCUUUUGCAAUACGCUAUAUAAAUGAAGCCCUUGUUGUGUAACACGUAUUACCUUUUGGCCGUGUAGAGUCUCCAGCCAUGUUUCAGAGUGUACUUGGCAAUUUUGGCCAAAAAAAUGAAAUGAAAACCUGAUUGUGAAAAAUGUAUUUGGGUCCAUUUUGCAAUUGCAAUGUGAAUUCUACGAUCGUCUUUUUCCGACGUACGAACAUCAGGUUUUAUGACAAAUUUCGCCAGUCCUAACAAGUCUUUUCCUUUCUCCAGCCUCAUCUUCACACUCGGAAGGAGACACCGCCCUACAGCGAACAGGCACCUUUUUUGGAGGACUCUUCCAGGACAUCAAGCGACGGGGGAAGUUUUACAUGAGCGAUUUCUAUGAUGGCUUUAACUUGCACAGUCUGCUUGCGUCUCUUUUCCUUUACUUCGCCUUAUUUGCCACAAAUAUUGCCUUUGGUGGUCUUCUUGAAAGCAAGACGGAGAAGUUUUUGGGGGUGACAGAAGUUAUUAUUUCUGCUAGUGUUUGUAGCAUUAUUUUAGGGCUUUUUGCGGGACAACCGAUGAUGAUUAUUGGAGCCACGGGUCCUAUGCUGGUCUUUGAGCAGAGCAUUUACGAUGUAAGUGUACAGCUUCUUAGUUGUAUACCAGUAUUACAGUAGAAACCCGGUAACUCAAACUCUGAAGGGAAACGAAAAACAGGUCGAGUUAACGGGGAAUUGGAGUUAUCGGAGUAAAUUUCAGUGAAAUUUGGAUCAAGGGGAAGGAAAUUUAGUUUGAGUUAUCCGAGUUGGUUUUAUCGAGGUUCUGCUGCACUCUAAUCCAAGUGCAGUAACCUUCUCCCCCCUGUCUCUCCUUUACCCUCCCCUCCCACCUACCGACCUCUCCUUAGUUUGUUAAGUUGAUCGCCUUGCUUCGAACAAGUUGUUGACACAAACUUUGGCUGAAACACUGACGCGAAAUUUUUUAAUCACGUAGUGUACCUAAGCAAAAGUAGAGAAAUCGUGCAUUCACCUUUGUGAAAUAGAGCUUUAUUUCUAUUUUCCCCAGAAAGAGAAGAUAAGUCUUUGCUAGCCCUGACAAAUGGGUCAUUUUUAGAAUUUCUGAUUAAUGAGUCGUAGAUAGUGAAUCACCGAAACUAAAGCACUUUUCCGGCAAAUCAAAAAUACUCGUAGAAAUCUAAAUAAACCAAUCAUAACUCGCAAUGUAUACAUAGAGCUGGUGUGGCUGGCCAAGCGCGGGAAUCACACGCAAGCGCGUGACGGUGACGUCACACAAUGACGCAAACAAUGUUUUAAAAUACUCGUAGAAAUCCAAAUAAAUCAAGCAGAUCUCAAAGUGUAUUCAUGAACCUGGUUUGUCUGGCCAAGCACGGGAAAAGCGCAGGCAAGCAGGUGACUGCUUAAAAGAAAAUGGCGCUGGGUUGUUUAGCCAAUGACAAAGAUGAAACGUAACAAUGCGAAACCAAACAAUUUUUGAGUAAAUUCCUAACGAUACUGAAUUCAAAACCGCUCUAUUUUUUUUUACCGCAUUUCAGUUUUGUAAGCAGUUUGAUGUAGAGUUCCUGACAUGGCGAUGUUGGAUUGGGUUCUGGGUUAUGAUAAUUCUGUUUGGUGUCGUCGCCUUGGAAGGGUGCUUCUUGAUCAAGUACUUCACUCGCUUUACAGAGGACAUUUUCGAGCUUCUCAUAUCUGCAAUCUUUAUCUAUGAGCCAAUCGCACUGCUGUAUAAGGUGAGUCUUCUUUUCUAGGUGUACUUGUGGACAUUGAGUGAUUUCAAUUUUCAAUGGACAAAAACCUUGUACCAGAGUAAUUUAAACAAUAUCGCAUUCUUUUUUGCAUUUUUCAAGAGCUAUGGAUGUAAUUAGUUAUCUGUAGUAACACCAAAGAAAAUUUCUCAUGAGAGCUCGAGAAAAUAAAGGUCAAAUCUUACAAAAUGACAUCUUACACAUGAAAUUUUCAGAAUUUUUCCUGUGUUCUCACAAUUCUUUGGUGUUAUUACAGAUAACUAAUUGUAUCUAUAGCCCUUGAAAAAUGUAAAAAAGAAUGCGAUAUUGUUUAAAUUAUUCUGGUACAAGGUUUUUGUCCACUGAAAGUUAAAAUUACUCAAUUUCCUAAUGGCUUCCGGCUCAAUUAUUUUGUUGUUGUUGUUGUGGUUGCAGUUGUUCAAGAAGAAUCCUUUGACCCGACAAGGAUCAGAUAAUGCAUCUGGCGCCAAUGAAGUGGUGCAAGGGGAACCCAACACAGCUUUGCUUUCCACUAUACUAGUCAUUGGAACUUUCUUUCUGGCCUACUACAUGCACAAGUUUAGGACGAGCCACUUUUUCGGAAAGAGGGUUAGUACGAAAACUGUUUUUUUUUUAAAUUUGUAUGGAACUGUUUUUGUUUAUUGUUAACCUGAGAUCAGGCCCAAUUUGAGCGGUUCUCAUACAUUCUCUCUAACGGCUACCAUGCCCGCCGGAAUGUAAUUUUCAAAGCGAAACGAAAAUAGAGCCUGAUCUCAGGUUAGUUUAUUGUGGUCUUCUGUAGAAUAGUCAGUUACUUAAGUUUUAAUGACACCAAGGUAGACGCUCUUAAAUUAACUAAACUUGUAAUCCCAUUGCUCAGUAGCUCUCAUCACUGGUUAUACCUAAGAAUUUCAUCAGGAUCAAAAGUUAGAACCAGCUUGAACAGCUUGGCAAGCAGAACCACAAGAAUGAACUGCUCAGUAGUUUUUAUUUGAAUGGUAACGCCAUAGGAUUUCAUUCACAGACUAAAAAGUAAGAACCACCUUGUACAGCAUAAUAAACAUUACCACAGGAACGUACUGCUCAGGAGCUUUCAUUUGAAUGGUCACACCAUAGGAUUUCAUCCACAGACUCAAAACUUACAACUACCAUGUGCAAGACAAUAAACAGUACUACUGGAAGCUACUGCGCAUGCCUAGUAGCUUUCAUUUAGAUACACGUCAUCGCACGAUUUCUUCACAGCAUCAAGGGAAAUUAAUGCUGCAGUAGUUUUGUGUAGACAGUGACACAGUCAUAAUUUUCCAACUUGCACUGACUCAUUCUUACUGUUUUUCCAGGGCAGACGUAUCGUCAGCGACUCCGCCGUUGUAAUCGCCAUGGUCAGCAUGGCUAUUCUCGAUUUUGUUCUGGGCGACAAAGUCAUCACUCAGCAUGUCUCCAUCGACGACCCGCUGAAAAAUGGCUUGCAGCCGACCUAUCCCAAUAGAGAUUGGUUUAUCAACCCUGGCGGCAUGAAAAAGAGCAUGUCGAUGCCGUGGAUCUUUGCAGCCAUUAUCCCUGCAGUCUUCGUUGGCAUUUUGCUGUUCAUGGAGACCGAAAUGACCGGCGUUCUCUUGAGCAAGAAGGAGCAUAAACUUCACAAGGGGCCAGGUUACAAUAUGGACCUGGUCGUCGUGGGCGUGUUGGCGUUUGGUUGUUCAUUGAUGGGAUUGCCAUGGAUGUGCGCUGACACAGUGCGAUCGGCUUCUCAUGUGAAUGCACUUUCCAUCUGGAGUACUUCGCAUGCGCCUGGUGAGAAACCGCGACUUCUGGAAGUCAAGGAGCAGAGGGUCACUAACAUCAUCAUACACGUUCUCACAGGUAUGUGUGGGCCCGGGGGGGGGGAGUACUGCCGUAUAUGGGCUAUAUAGGUAUGUGCCCGCUGUGAAGGGUAUGGUUUUCAAGCAGUUUGCCCUGGGAUAGAGUAUCUAAAUCAGGGAGUUGGGUAUCAUUUUCCAGGAAACUGAUCUAUUGGUUGAAGAUUUUAGUCUACACUAGGGAAACCGGGAAUUGCCACCCAAAAAUAUCAAAAAUCGGUUUUAUUUUGGCUGGACUGUGCUACUGACCUCAGUAGUUCCUGGAAGUUCCAGGGUCCCAGCGGCACAUCCCCCCGCAGAUGUGAGGCCGCCACCCAGAGCGUCCUAGCCUGAGAAAACAGCCAACAUUUUGCAACCUCACCACUGGCUUCCCCGCGAAAUGACGUCCGAGGAACGACUGCAGAAAUUCUAUACUGAUGACGUAUAAGUACCCAGAUCUGGGUAGUGCUUCUGAUUGGUUGAAGGAAAUUUCCUACGCGACACGACCAAUCAGAAGCACUACCCAGGUCAGGGUAGUAGAAGUGAUACGUCACCAGUAUAGAAUUUCUGCGCUCUUUCCUAAAGAGUUUGUUACAGUAUUGAAAGAAGACUAACUAUCCAUGUAAAUGUACUGUUGAGAAUUCGAGGGUUUUUUUUUUACAAAACAUUCGAUGUGGAGUUCAAUUUUAAAAAAAUCGUUAAGUUAACUGGAAGGCAGAAUGGUAAGAAGAAGUAUCUUAAAACUUACUCCGUCUGGCAGUCUCGACUUAAAGCUAAGAGUUUUGUUACAAGUGCAGUGUGCUUGUUGUGACUUAUCGCACGACUAGACUUCCGGAGAUUCCAUCGGAAUCGAUGCUUUCAAUGGAUCCGAUAGACUCCAUCGGACGACUUUCCGACCCUCCUUAAAGUGUUGUUUAAACUUCCGGUUUCUUCUUAUGACUAGACUUCCGGUAACUCAAGUAGACUCUACUGUACUUCCGGUUUCAUUUUUCGACUAGACUCCAUUGGACUCCAGGGCCCAGGUUUUCGAAGGCCGAUUAGCCCUUAACCCGAGGUUAAAUUUAACCCUGGUUUCUUUUUCUUAUGUUCAAAAGCAUUUUCUCGGAUAAUUUUCUCUGUUAUUUUUAGAGCUUCCAAUCAUCAACUUGUAGACAAAAAUAAUUAAAACUGAAAUGCUUUUUAAGCUUUCAAAUCUGAAUUCAAAUCUCACACUAACCCUGGGUUAUCUUAACCCAGCUUUGAACAACUCGGCCCAGGUUUUGUCCACUGGAAUCUAGUUGGGAGCCGAUUGGACAUGACUGCUGUUUUUAUUGUAUCUGUCCGUCCUCCAGGUUUCCAUGUUCAUCUAAUGCAAUCAUCGUAUGAAUUAGUGCACCGUAAUUUUCACUAUUUUCAAUUCCCGUCUGUUUCAGGUCUGUCCAUUUUUCUCGCACCUAUUAUUAUACUCAUUCCCAUUCCGAUAUUUUUUGGGGUUCUUCUGCAUCUUGGUAUAUUGUCACUCUCUGGACCGCAGAUGGUGGAAAGGUUCGUUAUGAUGUUCAUGCCACGCAAACAUCAUCCUGAUGUCGGAUACGUUAGAAAGGUAGGAAUUUCCGGAACUUUCGGUUUCAUCUUAUGACUAGACUUCCGGUAACUCAAGUGGACUCGACUGUAUUUCCGGUUUCAUUUUUUUCCUAAUGUAUGAUACGUUAGAAAGGUACGAAUUUUAUUGGAAUGAUCACACCACGGGGUCUUGUGCACAGGGUCAACAGUUCUGUAAAAUAAACGUUAGCGCUUUAUAAGAAUAAUUAAAAAUCAUUUGGAAGAAAGAUUAGAACAAGGGAAGCCAAUGUAGUUGGAAAGUAAGUAUCUGACGUGUGCUGUCUUCGGUUUGAGUGGGAGGAGCUACAAUCUGUGUCAAAAUUGUUGAGACAUUGUACUCAAAUACUUAAAGGAACAAAACAAUCCACACCCCUCCCCCUCUCCUCCAUUGAAAGUUGGGGUGUUUGUUGUUUUCUCAGCGGCACAACAUUGCAUGGAGAGGAUGGGGGGAGGAAAUGCUUUAUUUUGCCCUUUCGAAGUCAGUUAGUCGUCAGAAAGUGUCUCGACUAAUUUUGUCGCCGGUUGUGGUUGCUACAUAGACUGAAGUAAAACGAACUACGCUUUGAUCCUGGGAGUGGUGGUACUCCAGAUCUUGAGCCUAUUUCAGACCAAAAAAAUUUCAUAUUCUAUACCCGUAUUCAUUUGGAAUUGAAAUGAGAGAUGCGUUCAUACACCCUAUACCCGAAUCUACAAUUGUAGCCUGCGUUACCAAAGUGGGCAAAGUCUUUGGCCGUUAGACCGAAACAGGCCAAAAACCGUACCCCUUAAUCCCCCAGGGGGAGGAGGCAGCGGCCUUUUAUGCUGUUUUUCAGCCGUGCGUCGGCUGCCAGGAAGGAAAUCCUGAUUUUGUUCCUCACAGUUUUUUCUCUUCUACAGGUUCCGACGAAAAAGAUUCAUUUAUACACAAUCAUUCAAACACUCGCUUGGGCUUUCUUGUUUGGAAUCAAGUUGUCGCCUCUUGCUCCAUCUUUUCCCUUCUUUAUCAUCUGUCUGAUUCCGCUGCGAAAGCUGCUCGGAAAGUUUUACGAAGAGCAUGAGCUCGAAGAGGUAAGUUUAUGAUAGAAAGCGCUUGACGACUUUUUCCGCCUUUGUCCCUCGUUCUGUCGGGGAAAACUAACUAUAAUUUGUAUUGGAUAAUUUUGGCAGGCAUAGCAUUAAAACCAGGUUUCAAUCCAAGUCCAUCCUCGCCAUCUGUUGCAACAGACGAUAGGAAACAGUUUCAAUGCCUAAAUAUAUUCUUGAAUUUCUAAACUAGAUCGUUAUUUUUGGAAUUCAAUUGGCGGGAAAAUACGUUUUUAUAAAAAUAACAGAUAGUAAUAGGGCUUACUGGUCGUUUCGAUACAAUUGGUUCAGUCAAGAUGUAAAUAGUUUCACGUACAUGUCUUAAAGAACGAGAAAUACUCAGCCCAAAUGUUUUUCUUGUCGUGCAGUUUCACUCACUGCUUGAGUUCGUAUUGAAGCGAUUCGUCAACUGAUUCGUGCCGAUACGGUUUCCGUAAUGGGUGUCUAAGAGCUUUUUAGACGUCUACGUCCUUAAAUUUCGCUGAAAUAACGUAUUUUGAUUGUUAAAUUCUCUUUUUAUCCAACAGCUCGAUAAUUCAGAGUCGGAAGGUGAAGACAGCGAUUUUGAACUGUAA